GAAAGUAUUCUUUGUACAACAAUGUUACAAAUCUGUCUUCUGAUCCUUCUCAAUUGGUGGCUUUACUGUCAAAUGGAACCUUCUGCCUUAUGCUGCCAAGAACAGAGUCCCUUGAAAAUAGGAAGCUUUCAAGUCAAAACAGUUUUUAGGUUGUAAAUUAUUUUUCAAUGGUUAAUAUCUGAAUAAUCUUUAAAAAACCAAUUUUUACUGUUUUGUAGGUCUAUAUGUGGGGUCAGUGUCGAGGGCAGGCUGUUACGAGUCCUAUGGAAACAAAGUAUACUAGGGUUGAUACCACCUUUGCAUGUUUUUCCUCCCCGCCGUCAAUGGCAAGACCUCUUAUUGUUGAUCAGGUUCAGGAAAAGCGAGUUGAACAGAGUGUUAGAGAUGCAUUUAAUGAUCAGGAAACAAGUGAUCUAACAUUUAUGAUUGAUGGAAAAUCAGUUUAUGUGCACAAAUCCAUGCUCAAAAUAAGGUGUGAAUACUUUCGCAGCAUGUUCCAGGCGCACUGGGGAGAAGAUGAAAAAAGCGUGAUAGAAAUCACACAAUUCAGCUAUCCUGUGUAUUAUGCUUUCUUGGAGUAUCUCUACACUGAUCAGGUUCAUCUGUUACCUGAAGAUGCCAUUGGUCUCUUGGACUUGGCCAACUCAUAUUGCGAGUUACAGUUAAAACUACAGUGCGAACGGAUUAUCAAACAAGGCAUUACUGUCGAAAGUGCUGCCAUGUUACUUGCAGCAGCCAUCAAGUACGAAGCAAAUGAAGUUUGCUUUGCCUCGGAUCUUGAGGAGUUUUGCUUCAAGUUUUGUAUCAAUCACUUGACAGCUGUCACUCAGACUACAGCUUUCAAUCAUCUUGAUGAGGGAACUGUCAAACAAUUUAUCAAGAAAGCAGGCCAGAGGGGUGCAUUUAAGUACUGACACUAAUCUCUUGAGUAAAAAGAAAACUCAACUGCUUCCCUGUUGUAAUAGUUGAUGGUGGUUGGGGACAUUGACUAGCCAUUUAUAAUGUAUAGGGGUUACAUUCAGGAGUACCAGUGUUUGCUUGCAUGCAGGCUGUUAUCACUGGCGUUGCGCACAAGCUUUUUCUUCACACGUGAGAAAGUCAAAGGCCUGGAGCAUAGCGAGUCGGCGAGAGGUCUGUAAGGGGUGUGCCACCAUUGUUAGUGCCUGACUCCUUGCAGUCUCCCUUUGUCGAAGACCAGAAACUUUGAGACACUUCUACUUUAGCGCUGAUAAUGAAAGCCUGCGUGCAGG